GAUCAAUGAAUGAAGACUAAAAAAUGACCACCCUAUCUCUCUCUGUCUGAACUGUUGUUUUACCCUUAUUCCUGUUACGCUAUCCCUACCACACCCUCCACCAAUCUUUAACACACACACUCUCUCUCUCUCUCUUGAAGUUGAAUCCCUACCGAAAUCUGAUCAAAGCCAUUUUUCUUUGCUUCUGAUCUCUAGAUCUUCUUUCUCCUUAUAUCAUAUCACCACCUGUACAAUCUCUCUCUGUCCACAACUGUUCAAAACCCUCAUCCUCUCUUCAAAACAGAAAAAACCUUGCUACAAACAGUCACAACAAAGCAAAGAUCAAAGAGUCAAUCCAACCAGUACUCCCUUUAGAUCUCAUCACAAAAACAAACAGUACUAGUCAUCACUCAUCAUGAAUUCCCUUCAAGACUUUGACUCUACAGUACUCAACAACACCAUCAACUUCAGCACCACACUCACACCAGGCACCUCAAGCACCUCCAAUUUCACCUCAUCAUCAGCCUCAUCACCACCACAACAACCACCACCAUCAUCCUCCACCGCCACUCUCAGCCGCUACGAGAACCAAAAACGCCGAGACUGGAACACGUUCGGCCAGUACCUCCGCAAUCACCGUCCUCCACUCACCCUCUCUCGCUGCAGCGGCGCUCACGUCCUUGAAUUCCUCCGCUACCUCGACCAGUUCGGGAAAACUAAGGUUCACACGCAGCUCUGUCCCUUCUUUGGCCACCCGAACCCACCUGCACCGUGCCCUUGCCCUCUCCGGCAAGCUUGGGGGAGCCUCGACGCGCUUAUCGGAAGACUCAGAGCUGCUUUUGAAGAGAAUGGUGGGAAACCGGAGGCUAACCCUUUUGGUGCUCGUGCAGUGAGGCUCUACCUGCGUGAAGUGCGUGAUUCGCAGGCGAAAGCGCGAGGGAUUAGCUACGAGAAGAAGAAGCGCAAGCGUCCACAACCGCAAUUGCAGCCGCAACAACAACCUCCUGCAUUGCCACCAUCAAAUGCAAGUUAGUAAGUAGUAGUUGCCAAACAUAUCAUAACAUGUUUGGAUCCGUUUAUCUUUUAUCAGAAAUUAAUUCUGAAACCUAAAAGCUAAGCGCACAGCCAUUUAGGCUGUUUCCUAGAAUUGAUUUUGACUUCAGAGUUAAUUGUUAAUUGUUAUGUAAUCUUCUAUUUUGAAGUUCACAUGCGAUGAUGAGUAGUUUAAUUAUUUUACCUUAAUGUAGCACUAGAUAUUUCCAAAUUAUAUGUGUUUUUUUGUUGCAUUUUUUGGCCUUUUUCUUGCAUUUUACUUGUAUGUAUAUUUGGUGGUGCAGAACUUGUGAUUUGACACUGGGUCACUGCAAUAGGGGGGACACAUCUUUAGUUUGGAAUUUGAUUAGAAAAUGCGUAACCUAAACAGCACUACUCUUGGUAGAAGAAGCAGUAAACGAGUAAUUUGAGUAAGUAAGCACUAGUAGUAGCAGUGAAAAGACUGUUAACAAGUCAGAGAGGGCUGUGAGAAAGACCAAUAUAUGUCGCCCAAUUUGUAAUGAAUUAGAAAUGUCAAUACUAGCUUAGUCAAGAC